CCUCCCGCGCCAGCAAAGCCCCAGCAGCAGCAAGCUUCACGCACGCCAACCACACGACCCAAGCCAACAACAAUGGGAUUUGCCGACUUCUUCUCGGACCUGUACGCCAGCGUGGUGCCGCAGGACAUGAUGGCCGAGGCGCCGGCCGAGGCGACCAACGCGGACAGCUCGAGCGAGGACCAGGGCUCCGGCAAGAGCACCACGGCCCAGCAGUCGGGCUCGGCCGGCACGCGCGGCGGCGUCAGCUCCUCCGGCGUCCCCCACGCUGGCACUGAUGAGGAGAGCGAUGAGGAGGCCGAGAUCAACAAGGCCGACGCCAAGGGCGGCGACGACGAGGGCGCGAAGGGCCACGUCGCCGGCAGCGGCGGCGAUGAUGAGGAGGAGGAAGAUGAGGACGAGGAUGAGCCCCAGGACAUCCAGCCCAAGCUUGAGGAGGAGUGCGCCGAGUCCAAGCAGUGCGCCCCCGCCAAGCACCACUACGACGAGUGCGUCGAGCGCGUCACCAAGAAGCAGGAGGAGAACGACGGCAAGUCCGACGAGGACUGCGUCGAGGAGUUCUUCCACCUCGCCCACUGCGCCACCCAAUGCGCCGCGCCCAAGCUCUUCGCCCAGCUCAAGUAAACGCCCGCGCAGCAGCGCCGCGCGUCCGCACGCACGCCUCACGGCUCGCCUGUCUGCCCUCCCUCGUUUCCCGAAAAGACACACCGCCACAGAGGGCAGGAUCUCGUCUCGUUCGCUGGCGCUGCGGUGCCUGAUUGAUUUCAUCUAUCGCGGCCAGCGAGCGCCUGACUGUACUGUCCCCCGCCCAAAGCCCUCAGAUAACGAGACAAGAGCCAUGAUAGCCGAGCCCUAGAGAAAGAGACCCAAGACUUCUCCAAAUACCUUGUAUAGCCACACAUCUUCCCCCGUUUUUUUUCCGUCCCUCUCGAAUCUUUAUCACACACAUACACGCCCUGCGUCAUGUACUAUGAAUUGAAGUUCCCACUUUGCUGCCCGGCGCAUCGUUGUCGUCAAAAGAGCUGUAGUCUAGCUGUUUCCAUGUUGUGAAUAGCACUAUAGAGAUGCGCGCUUUUGGCUUGUAGCUUUUCCUCGGACCCUU